CGAAAAUUGCGGAAGGACGAGAGGACUCGGCUGCGCCUACAACUGAAUCCUCCGCCGCUGAUGACUUCAAACGUACAUCAUUACUCGUAAGACGCGUGAUGCGGAGGUCGAGUAGCUGAAGGGAUAAAUCAUCCGCCGGAACAGAAUGGAACGAAAGGUAUCGUUCACGGUCUCGAGCGGCGUGAUAAAUGAAGCCUUCGUUGCGGACGACACCGUGAGCUGCCAUAACGUCGACGCUAAUGGACCUGGUCUUCGUGAAACCCAAGCGCCGACAACGAAGCGACAACAAUGGGGAAACGACCGGGAAUUCCUGUUGUCCUGCAUCGCCAUGUCGGUUGGCCUCGGCAACGUCUGGCGGUUCCCCUUCACGGCUUACGAGAACGGCGGGGGGGCGUUUCUGAUACCGUACAUUAUUAUCCUGUUCAUCGUAGGAAAGCCGUUUUAUUUGCUGGAGAUGGUGCUGGGCCAAUUCUCUAGUCGCUCGGCUGUGAAAAUCUGGGACCUUGCACCGGCAUUCAGAGGCGUCGGUGUCGCACAGUUUAUCAUACUGUUGGCGCUCGCGUCCUAUUAUUGCUCGCUGAUGGCCUUGACGUUGUUCUACCUGGUCGUCAGCUUCCAAGGGGAGUUGCCGUGGAGCAGGUGUCGGCCGGAAUGGGGCGAAUUCUGCGUGGACUCAGCCCCGGGGAGCAACAGCGCGCUUUUGGUCCAGAAUGUCAGCUACUCCAGCUCGGCCGAGCUGUACUUCUACAAAGAGGUCCUGCGAGAGAAGGACAACAUCGACGACGGUAUCGGCGCGCCGGACUGGCGCCUGACGAUCGGGCUCUUCGUCAGCUGGCUCACGGUCUUCAUCGUCGUGAUACGCGGCGUGCAAAGUUCGGGCAAGGCGGCCUACUUCCUGGCGAUAUUCCCCUACGUAGUGCUGAUCGUACUUCUCGUGAGGGCGGUCCUGUUGGAGGGAUCAGCCGCAGGGAUCCUGUACUUCAUCAUUCCGACCUGGGAGCAACUGCUGACGUCGGGCGUCUGGUACAACGCGGUGUCUCAGUGCUUCUUCUCGUUAACCGUCUGCUUCGGCGCGGUCGUUAUGUUCGCCUCCCACAACAAGUUCAACCACAAUCUCUACAGAGACGCGAUGAUCGUGACGACCUUGGACACCUUCACCAGCCUGUUGGCGGGCUGCACGAUCUUCGCUAUCCUGGGCAACCUCAGCCACGAGUUGGGCAACGAAGACAUCGGCGCGGUCGUACGAGGCGGCACAGGUUUGGCGUUCAUUUCGUACCCGGAAACGAUCGCCAAGUUCGACGUGGCGCCUCAGUUCUUCAGUGUCGUCUUCUUCGUGAUGAUAUUCGUCCUGGGGAUAGGCAGCGAGGUCGGCCUCACCUCCGCCAUCAUCGCGAUCGUGCGCGACCAGUUCCCCGGCGUGAAAUACUGGCACGUGGCCGUCGCAACCUGCGUCGGCGAAUUCCUCAUCGGUCUCAUAUACGUCACGCCGGGAGGUCAGUUCAUGGUGACCUUCGUCGAUUAUUAUGUCACCUCGUUUAUCGCCUUCCUGCCGGCCGCUUUUGAAAUGAUCGCCGUCGCAUGGUCGUAUGGCCUGGACAACUUCUUGGACGACAUCGAGUUCAUGCUGAAGAGACGGCUGUCAUUGUUCUGGCGGCUCUGCUGGAGCAUCGUCACUCCGAUCAUUAUCAUCGUCAUCUUCCUAUACGCGAUCAUUGAUCUCAAGCCACUCAAGUAUAACAAGUCCUUCUAUCCUGAAGUGGCUUAUGUCAUAGGUUGGAUCUUGUUCUUCGUUGCUGUUCUGCAGAUACCCCUGUGGAUAAUGAUCGCGAUAUUGAGAAAAAGGCACCUUCCUGGUCGAGAAAUGAUCAAGCGAGCGACAGAACCGCUGAAAUCGUGGGGCCCGAGUGAUGCGGAGGACCGCAGGAAAUGGCUGGAGUUCCGAAGUUACCGCGACGCGGAGAGGCGGAACAAUGACAGGAAUGCAGGUCACAGUCGCUUUCGAGGUUUAUUACGAGUAAUCCUCAAGCGUUGAUUUCGCAUUUUAAUGAACGUAACGCGACCAGUCGCGCGUUUAUCAUAUUACCCGUUGAUUUCGCAAUCGGUGUAUAAUUUAACAUUAUUAUUAAUUUAGAAGAGAGAAAAAAAUAACACGCUUAUUAUGACACGUCCGUUACGCGAAAUGGGUGACUCUGCGCGGUGAUUUUGCUCGUAUUCCGCGAAUAACACCGAUCCGGUCGUCCUUGAUACGUAGCCUUUUGCUUUCCCGCUCCUCGGCUCUUUCGUCGACGGCGCAGGUGUGAAUCUAACCAUGUCGCCGUAACAAUUGCACGGUCCAUAUAUAUGCAGCAGCAUGUACCGAGCACAAUAGAGAGCGGCGUGCACGUGGCUUAUCGGCGACCGUUCCGAGGCGCGUAAAAAUGAUCGCGAUUUCGUUUAAUGUACAACUGCCUGGGUCCGAUACGCAUUGAGACACAGUGAGACUCUUUAGUGAUUUUAGUCAAUAAAACACCUGAAUUCCGAGAAUAGAGCAGAGCACAGAGUAUAUUUAAACCCUGCACCGAUGGAAAGUUAUUUAUCAGUUUUGACGCGAAAAAUAUUUCGUAAUAGCAGCAACAUGCGUGUAAGUUUAUUAUCAUUGGCACUGCAGUUAAUGAAUACGACGUGAGAAACAUACACUGGUAAUUGCCAGAUUAGUCAAUUAUUUAUUACCUACGAUGACCGUCUUCCCUGUCUGAUAGUCUGAUUUAAGCGCACGU